UGCUGUUGUGGUGUCGUAUUCUCGUGACACACACACACACACACACACACACACAGCGGGAGGAGGGGAUUUAACUGUCAACACUCCAGUGUUUCUACACGUUCCGUGAUUGCAUAUUUUUGCUUCUUUUUCUAGCUCUUGUCUCUCGGUCCUGGUCUGAACAUGUUCUACACUUGCGGUCCCAACGAGGCCAUGGUGGUCUCAGGCUGCUGUCGCUCUCCUCCUCUCAUGGUCGCGGGCGGGCGAGUGUUUGUGAUCCCUUGCAUCCAGCAGAUUCAGAGGAUAUCUCUGAAUACUCUGACUCUUAACGUAAAGAGUGAUAAGGUCUACACCAGGCAUGGCGUUCCCAUCUCAGUGACUGGCAUUGCACAGGUGAAAAUCCAGGGUCAGAAUAAGGAGAUGUUGGCUGCAGCCUGCCAGAUGUUCUUGGGGAAAUCAGAGACUGAGAUUUCCCAGAUCGCCCUGGAGACACUGGAAGGCCAUCAGAGAGCCAUUAUUGCUCACCUGACUGUGGAGGAGAUCUAUCAGGAUCGUAAGAAAUUUUCCGAGCAAGUGUUCAAGGUGGCUUCUUCCGAUUUGGUCAACAUGGGCAUCGGUGUGGUCAGCUACACGCUUAAGGACGUUCAUGAUGACCAGGACUAUCUGAACUCUUUGGGUAAAGCUCGCACAGCCCAGGUGCAGAGAGACGCCCGCAUCGGUGAGGCUCAGUACAAGAGAGACGCGGUGAUCCGGGAAGCCCAUGCCAUGCAGGAAAAGGUUUCUGCACAGUACAAGAAUGAGAUUGAGAUGGCGAAGGCUCAGAGGGACUAUGAGCUGAAAAAGGCUGUCUAUGAUAUGGAGGUUAACACUAAGAAAGCAGAGUCUGAGAUGGCCUAUCAGCUUCAGGUCGCCAAGACAAAGCAGAGGAUCGAGGAGGAAAAGAUGCAGGUGCAGGUAGUGGAGCGCACUCAGCAGAUCACUCUGCAGGAGCAGGAGAUCACCCGCAAGGAGAAGGAGCUGGAGGCCAAAGUCAAGAAGCCAGCUGAGGCGGAGAAAUACAAGCUAGAGAAACUCGCAGAGGCUGAAAGGCUGCAGUUGAUCAUGGAGGCUGAAGCUGAGGCUGAAUCUAUUAGAAUGAAGGGUGAGGCAGAAGCGUUUGCCCUGGAGGCUAAAGGCCGUGCUGAGGCUGAGCAGAUGGUCAAAAAGGCUGAAGCUUUCAAACAGUACAAGGAGGGAGCCAUGGUGGACAUGCUGCUGGAGAAACUGCCCUUGAUGGCAGAAGAGAUCAGCAAGCCUCUUUCAUCAGCUCAGAAAGUCACCAUGGUGUCCAGCGGAGGAUCAGAGGUAGGAGCAGCCAAGCUGACAGGAGAGGUCCUGGACAUCAUGGUCCGUCUGCCACAGACCGUGGAGAAACUGACUGGAGUCAACAUCUCUCAGGUUUCCUCGACCCGCAUGGGCUAAAACGAGACCGUGAAGAAGCAGACAGGAAGCCGUUGACUAAUGGAUGCUGUUCGCACCCCUCCUCAUGUUUCGCUUGCAUGCUCUAAAUGUUCUAGUUGUUGGAGCCUUAUGAUAGCUGUAGGCAUGUUGUUUUUUUUAUUACUACCCUGUAUCUAUUUUAUGUGUUUUUAUAUGUGAGCAUGAGAAACUUUCAUUUUGUAUGGAAAAACCCGACCCAGGCUCCAAGCCAAGAUAUUCAGGUAAUUACUGUUAGUUGAGUAAGAGUGGGCAUCAUUCCUAUAGCAUUACUGUGUUUAUUGUAAGCAUGCACCUGCUCCUAGUUAUUGAAUCCCAAAGUGCAUUUAACCAGUGUAAUCCUCAUAUACUAACUUUCUAACUGUUACUGAAGCCACUGUCUGUGUGCAUACUACUAAUGUCUUUCUAAACCUCAAUACUUGUUUAAACCGUACUCACCAAGAUUCAGUUCUGUUUUGUUACUACAAAACCUUUUCUUUUAGCCAAACUAAGGGAGUAUGACAGGAUAUAACUCCAUGCUUAUUACACAGCUAUCAGUUUUUGUCCCCCUUUAGUGAAAUAGUAGCAUGUUAAACAGGUAUUGAGGUUUGUACAGUCUGACAUGUGAACAAUGUGCUGAAACCAAUGUGAGCGCUCGUCUUGCCUUUACACUGCCCUCCUCUACUCUGUUCCUGCUUUACUGUUCGUUCACCGGGAAACAAACGUUUCGUUCUUAAAUGUCUAACAUCAGUGACCAAAAGUUAAUGAUAAGAAAGGAAAGCAGACGAAUGAGCUCUGCAGAAAUGUUGCAGAGAGCAAUUGAAGUGUAACAGAGAGAGAGAGAGAGAGAGAGAGAGAGAGAGAUGAGGUGGAGGGGAAAGUUGGCCACAUCUGAGUGAAGUCUGUUAAAUGUAGGUCAAGUACAGAGAGGGAAAUUUUACUCAUUCUUCCUAAACCUCAGAAAAUGUUUUUGUUAGUACAGAGAGAGAGAGAUGUUUAAUUUCUCUGUUGAAGUGUAAUUUGCUAGCUAUUGAUGAAUUAAUGCCUGAUCCAUCUGCAGUGUCUGCCUCCUGUUUAUCACCAAGUGCCUAAAUACACCUUUUGUUUCCGAUUCAAUCUAACCUCUAGGUAGCAUGCAAGCAUUUUACACCACAAUCUGUACAGAAUUGUUUUGCUCUUCUUAUUGUUAUCCUCUCAGUACUGCCACUCGCUCACCUCGUAGUGUCUGUCAGUUCUUGCAUUUUUGUUAUUUAUAUCAUCACAUAGUUAAAGACGUAUGUCAUGUUGGCACUGUAUUGUGGAAUAUAUGACGAUAUAUAUAAGAAAUCGAUUCAGUAUAAUUGUUCAAGUUAUGUGAAAAUAAAAACUAAAUUCAGUAA